CUUUUGACGUGUGUGAUUCCAUUCUUUUCUUUAGUUAGAUCCAUUUUCUAAACAACACCUAAAAGGAACACAUGUUUUGCAAAUAAUAUUUUAUAGUGAAGUUUUUCUGCACCAGAAAUUGCAAUUAAGUCUCCAAAAAUGCCGAAGACAAAGAAGAAGUUCAUCGAUAAAAAGAGGGCAGUAACAUUCAGUUUGGUACAUAGAUCUCAGAGGGAUCCUUUAGCGGCAGACGAGACUGCGCCCCAGCGGGUCUUGGUGCCUGUAAACGCAAAUGUACCGCCACGGAAAGAGAAAGAUCCUGAGCUUACACCAGAGCAGAGGCGGGAAGAGCAAAUGAAGUAUGGCAUUUACUUUGACGAUGAUUACAACUAUCUACAACAUCUCAAGGACACUAAAGAGGUCACUAUGGUACUGCAGCCGAAAAGUACACACAAAGGUAAAGAAAAGUCCCAAAAGCCAUCUGCCGAUGAGGAAACAGAUCGGGAGACAAACAUCACGGACACUCUGAAACUGCCGAGCUCUGUGUUCGCUUCAGAAGUUGAGGAAGAUGUAGGGCUGCUGAAUAAAGCUGCGACACAAGGAUUAUGCCUUGAUUUGGAUCCGGAGGUGGUGGCAGCUCUAGAUGAAGACUUUGACUUCGAUGACCCAGAAAACCAGUUGGAGGAUAAUUUCAUUGAACUGGCCAUGGCUGAAGGGUCUGCAGAAGAUGAAGAGUGUGAUGAUGAUGACGGCAGUGUGUCCGGUGAUGACAAUUCAGAUAAAGCGUUUGCUUCGGACCUAGACUCCGAUGACGAUAGUGACUCAAAGGGCCAGCGGUUUGGCCGUAUGCCCUGGGAGGACUACAAAGACGACACGAAAUCUAGAUUCUCCGAAUACUCCAUGUCUUCCAGCGUCAUCAGGAGGAACCAGGGGCUUUCACUACUGGACGAUCGGUUUGAAAAGAUGUACGCAGAAUACGAUGACAUCGAACUAGGGCCGUUAGACCUGGACGAAAUCGAGGGGUUCAUGCCGGACUCCCAUCGUAUGCUGCUGCAGGCGGCCGAGGAGUUCGAGGAGUCCAAGAGGCGGCAUCAGCUCGACAAGGAGAAGGAAAUAGCGAGAAUGCGUCGCCUGCAAGAGAUCGAGGAAGAGUCUGAAGAUGAAAUGGUCACAGUGGAGGUGGAUCAGAAGGAGAAAUGGGACUGUGAGACCAUAUUGUCCACAUAUUCGAAUCUGUACAACCAUCCUAAACUCAUUGAAGAACCUAAGAAGCCGCACAAGAUCCAAAUCAGUUCCAAGACUGGUCUUCCCAAAGACACGCUGGGCAAAGACAAUAAGCUGACGAUGAAGUCGCUGGCCAAAUUCAACGCUAUGCAGGAUGAUGAUGAUGGUGAAGAUGAUGAUGCCAGGACCCAUGCGGAGUCAGUACUGUCCACGCUUAGUGUACUCUCUAUCAGACCAAAAGAUGAGUCCCCAGAAGAGAAGCGAGAAAGGAAACGUCUGUUAAAAGAGUACAGGAAAGAAAGAAGAAUAGAGAAGAAGGCCAAUAAAGAAGCCUUCAAAGAGGAGAAGAAACGCCAAGAGAAGAUCAUGUUGAAUAACAGAAACAAUGUGCAAGGGAAUAGAAUAUUAUAAAUAGUUAUCAAAA